AAUUAUCCUUUGUUACUGCGCAUUGUCAAAGAGGGAGGCCAUCGUGGAUUACAGGAAUGUCAGAAGCAGUUUAAGAAAGAGAUAUGGAACUGUUCCCUGGUCAACAAAAAUGUGUUUCAGCAGUUGCCUAUCUUUGUUAAAACCACUUUGCCACAGGGUGAGUAUCGGACAUUUUGUUGUUUAAGAUAAGGCCAACAGCCAGUGAAUAUGGAUCGAAAACUGAAAACUUUUAGUAACAACUAAACAAAAAACUAAGGGACUGACUUAGGAAUAUCAAGAUACCAGAGAUAUUUAUAAUGUAACAACCUUCAAAAUCAACCAGAGCCCAAACGGGCUCCAGAGACUUUCCGCUCAAUGUUUUUUAAGUACUAUCUGCAGAAACUGUAAACUCACGUGCGACGUUAAAUAUUGGAAAUUUUUGUUAAUUUUUUUUUCUCUCGAGGAAGUUUGCAUGGCAACUUAGUCUGACUAAACAGUUUUACACAGAGCAGUUCUUCCAAAAAAGGCGAAGCUAAGUCUUAGCUGGUGUCAAGAAUACGACAGAGCCUUGCAUAACUGAUCAUCAUCAAGGACUGCCCGUUGCCAUAAAGAGACUCUCGGUGAACCUCUGAUAACAAUUGAUCUAUGUUGCUAAUGUACCUAGGCCAACAUUAACACUUACUUCUCAAUUAAGGCAAAUUGCUGGUUUAGGGGAGGGGUAGGUGGGCAUUUUCCCAAAAACAUAUAAUGAUCCACUGUAAUCUUUAAAUCUUUACAGCCACUCGGGAAACCGCUUUUCUUCACGCCAUCAGCAGCGCCGCCAUUACACACGAGAUCACUCUUCAAUGCGCGCGCAAUAGAAUCCCCGGAUGUAGAUGCGGGAAAACAAGAAAACAGCUGCAAGGAGACCGUGAGUGGGAAUGGGGCGGCUGCAGCGAUAACACCAAAUAUGGAGAAAAGGAGACAAGACGUUUCAUCGACAGACUAGAGAAAGGAAACGACGCUCGCACAGCAUUCAACCUGCAUAAUAAUCAAGUGGGAAGAAAGGUAAACUGACUCGACACUAUUUAUCUUUCGAAAAAAAUCGACAAAUGUGUGUCAAGACCGAUCAUAAGAGGUGGAAGAUUUAAAAAGUUAAAGGAGCUAUGUUACGAAUUAUGCCAAAAUUCUAACAGAAGGAACUACAUAAAAAAGUAGUAAGUUCAUUUUCGUUGUUUAUAUCGUUUGGUAUAAUGCCCGGGAUUUUGUGGCUGAGAUUUUGUCGUCCAUAGGGAAUUUCUUCGUCAUCGUUUUAAAAAGAAUCCAUCAAAUCUCGUGGGACAUACAUUGAUUGAAUCGAGCGCAAACUUUACCCAGCAGUGCUUUUGUCUUGCAAGUUUUAACUAUAAUGGUCUGAUAGAGCGAUUCUUCUUUGUUUAAAACAGGUUGUACGAGGAAGUCUCAAAAAAGAAUGCAAGUGUCAUGGCGUCACUGGUAGUUGUAACUUGAAAACCUGCUGGAAGCAGCUGGCUCCUUUCGCCGUCGUCGGAUCAGUGCUCAAACAGAAAUACCUCACAGCUGUUCCAGUGUCAUUCAAAAACAACAAACUUCACGAGAAAGACAGCCGGGACAGACCGAUAUCAAGGAAAUCCAAGAAGCUUGUUUACUUAGACUCGUCCCCAGACUACUGCGUACGAAACACUACUGCUGGAUCUCUUGGAAUGCUGGGUAGGACCUGUACAAGUGACGCUGGACACACCAAGGAAUGCAGAUCUCUUUGUCAAUCUUGUAACUUGCGGGCUCAAACCAAAGAACAUUACAAACAGGUCAAGUGCAGAUGUAAAUUUGUGUGGUGCUGUACUGUGAAAUGCGAGUUAUGUACUGUCAAAUAUUCGCUUACAACUUGUUCAAAAUAGACUAACACCAUGCGGAAAGAAGUUCUAGAUGUAGCAAUUGUAAAUUAAGUUUUUAUCUUAAAAUAAGGUUAUGGAAAGAAACAUUAGGUAGUUUUUGUUAUGAAGUGCUAGGAACCGUGAGCAUUUUAUGCGAAAGGGGAUUCAUUGUAUUUCACCUUCUUAGAGUAAGAAGUUCUAGAUGUAUUAAUUGUAAAUUAAUAAGAAACAUUUCGCAGUUUUUCUAAGUUGCUUUUUCUUCUUACAAUAAGUUCGGAAAUUGAUUCAUCGUGUGCAUCUUAUAAGAAACAGAUUCAUUGUAAUUUCACUUUCUUAAAGCAUGCGCCAUAAGCUAGUGUUUAGCGGUUUCAAACGUUGUAUUUAACUAUCUGUAGUUUCUUGACUUCCUAGUCUUUUUAUAUUGUAUAAUGAGGGAUCUACUCGCUUGAAUAUUGUGUAAUAAAUUCUGUUGCUAUGUAUGUCACGCUUCGUGUUUCUUACGGGUUUGGGAAUAGAUUUGAAAGGAAACACACGGCCCUGAUUGCUAUUAAAAAUUUUAUUCACUGGGAACGUACACAUGGUAACAUGAGAGAUUUGAAAAUAAAAAAGAGUAAGAAGUAUAUUACAAAGAUAACAUCCCGCUUGAACCUCGGAUAAAUACCCAAGUUACAACGUUUGUAUUCUUAUUAACAUUCGGUGUAACAUGGGCGCACAAACGCCCAUUUCUUAAAUAAAUAAAGUAAUACUUUUCUUCUUCAGCAAGUUCCACAGAAAGUUCUUUAUUUGCCAGCAUUAAAAAUGGUCUACUGGAGAGUACGCUAUGAAUGGACAGGCUUUGUGGGGAAAAAAUUGCCAGGUUAAUCGUAAUCAGGGAGUGAUAUUGCUUGUUAUACUACCAAUCGCAAAUUUCCCUUUUCAAGCAAGUUGUUUUUGGAAUAAUAAGACAAAUUUUCGAGCUCAUCCGAGGGUUUAAGUUAAUCAAUCCUCUCGAACAUUUUUUCAUAUAAAAACCUGCUCUCAAAAAAAAGUUAUGCAUCUAACACAAAAAACUACAUUUAAGUAAACUGCCCAUCAUAAAUCAAAUCAGUUAGCUAUAAAAGAUUGGGAAAAAAUUUUUCUUAAAAACAUUUUAAGAAAUUUUAAAAACGUUAAAAAAUACGCUACAACGUUUCGACGUGCUCGGACGUCAUUAUCAAGUCAAGAAAACAAAGGCGUUUAAAUAAAAUAAAAGAUUAAACUGAAUCUUUUCUCUCAAGGAAAAGCCUAGCCGACGAGGUUGUCUAAACACCGUGGACAAUUGAUUUUACCAACUCAGUUGAUAAAACUAUCUGCGCAAAUAUACGCUGAAAUAUUUCGAUAUUUUUCAACUGUCGCGCGCUUGUAGUGUAUUUCGAUGGAAAAAGAGAAUGAAUUGUAAACGGACUUGUAAGACUUCAUUACUGCAUAGAAGAUAUUCGAACAGCUAGUGCAUGCUCCGGAACAGUUGAUGAAAUGAACAUUCUCAUUUAUGUGAGAGAGCAUUUUGCUACUUUUGGAUGUACGAUAGAAAAGAACUUCGGUCUAACACAUCCGGUUUUACACCAGGUUGAAUAAUACAAUAACUGUUUCUUUGGACUCAUGUAGAACUAAAAAGCGAACCAUGUCAAAAUUACUUGCGAGAAAAAAUGAAAAACUAGAUCAAAACUUUGUUUUCAAUCUGAUUGUUUUCAAAAAGUCUCACCUCUGUCAUUACGUCAAUAAACAUCUCACCUCUCUAAUUUAUGCUAGUAACUCGCACCUCGUUUCGCGCGAGUUGCUUUUCUUUUGUUCGCGUGUUCAAUUAAUCAACCUUUUGUGAUUGAUUUUAUCAAACAACAAGUUCCUCAGGUAUAUAAAGACAGAUCUUACAAACUCGUAAACAGGUGAUUUCAUCUCUCAAAGAAAGAAGAUCAAACGUUCAGUAUGAAGCUUACUAUGAUGUUCUCUGUGGUUCUUUUCGUUUUGUUUCUGACACAGCAAGGACUCUGUAAAAGCAGGUAAGUUAAACUUCUUUUAUAAACCUUAUGUUAGAAGCAAGUACAAAAAAAAGGAUGCGCGUGGAAGGCGACAAGUAAAUAAUAUUCCAAGCGUACUGGACUAAGUUGCGGACGACAGGAAAGUAAAAGUUUUAGGCAGAAAGACACAAAAGUAACACUUCGUAAGCCAGGCGUUGAUACGUAAUAAGUCAAUUCCGUGUUACUAACUUUACGUUAAAAGCAAGUGAGACAAUUUACGUGCGUGGAAGCCGAGAGCCUCGCUUCCCGCCCUAAAUCUUAACCGAAAACACAGGCAAACUACAAUUACAAUUUCAUAAAAUUUCCAAACGUAACUAAGUUCCGAGGAAAGACAGAGUAAACGUUGGAACAUAAAGUUUUCACAGAAAUAUUACCACGCUAGUUGAAAGUUAGAUUUAAUACUUGUUUGAUGAAAGAAUUGUGAUAACGUUAAAGUAUGGUAUUUGACAGUAUUUCCAACCGUAUUAAACUAAAUUGGGAACAGCGGAAAAGUUAAACAUAAAGAUGAAGAAAAAUAACGCUGUCGAGGAGUAUUUUAGGCUCAGAGCAAACUAGUUUUCACGGAAAUAUUACAACUAUAGUUGAUAGUCAGAUCCAACACCCGACCAGUGAAAGAGUAGAGUAUUUGCCCGGAGUCUACGAUUAUUCUUGACAACUUAAAUUUUAUUUUGUGUUAUUGUUUCAGAUCCGGCGACUCUUCAAGCAACACCCUUCAAAACAAGGUAAGUUUCAAUACAAAGUUGGUUAGCGAUGCAAGUGAAAAUGAAAUGAAAUAACAUACAGCACCUCCCUAAGAUUACUGCAACUCUGCCGAACGGUUUGGUUAACCUUUGUAAUUUGUUUUUUCGAUUAGAUUUUAAAAAAUUAUCAUGGGUCACAGGGAUUCGCUCUCUUAGCUCAUUCUCUCUUGUGGCAUCAUAGUAUAUCAUUCGAACGUCUGGCCUGUAACUUACAAAAGCUUUUCGGAUAGUUUUAUUCCUUCGCGAAACAACUGUUGAUGGCUCCAAGAAUUUCCUUAUCCUGUAUACACAUAGUUUAAAAAGUUCAGAUAAUUUCGUGUCGAUAUUUUUCUGAUUCUUUAACUCUUCUUUUUAUUGCUAGAAUUAUCCUUUGUUACUGCGCAUUGUCAAAGAGGGAGGUCAUCGUGGAUUACAGGAAUGUCAGAGACAGUUUAAGAAAGAGAUAUGGAACUGUUCCCUGGUCAACAAAAAUGUGUUUCAACAGUUGCCUAUCUUUGUUAAAACCACUUUACCACAGGGUGAGUAUCAAACAUUUUGUUGUUUAAGAUAAGGCCAACAGCCAGUGAAUAUGGUUCGACAACUGAAAACUUUAAGUAAUAACUAAACAGGAAACUAAGAGACGAACUUGGGAAUAUCAAGAUAUCAGAUAUAUUUGUAAUCUAAGAACCUUCAAAAUCAACCAGAGACUUCCUGCUCAAUGUUUUUAAAGUACUGUCUGCAGAGACUGUAAACUCACGUGCAACGUUAAAUACUGGAAAUUUCUCUCGAGCAAGUUUGAAUGGCAACUUUUAUGAAAGACAGAAACUUAGUCUGACUAAACAGUUUUACACAUAAUUCUGGUUUAGCGCGAAUGGUUCACAGGAUAAAAGCUGAUAAAAGCUUAUGCUUAAAGAGCAAUUCUUCCAAAAAAGGCGAAGCCAAGUCUAAGCUGGUGUCAAGAAUACAACAGUGCCUUGCAUGACUGAUCAUCAUCAAGGAUUCCCCUUUGCCAUAAAGAGACUCUCGGUGAACCUCUGAUAACAAUUGAUCUAUGGAAAAUGUCCACCUACCCCUUCCCUAAGCCAACAUUUUGGCUUAAGUGAGAAGUAAGUGUUAAUGUUGGCUUAGGGGACGGGUAGGUGGGCAGUUUCCCAGAAACGUAUAAUGAUCCAAUGUAAUCUUUUAAUCUUUACAGCCACUCGGGAAACCGCUUUCCUUCACGCCAUCAGCAGCGCCGCCAUUACACACGAGAUCACUCUUCAAUGCGCGCGCAAUAGAAUCCCCGGAUGUAGAUGCGGGAAAACAAGAAAACAGCUGCAAGGAGACCGUGAGUGGGAAUGGGGCGGNCAUUUUGUUGUUUAAGAUAAGGCCAACAGCCAGUGAAUAUGGUUCGACAACUGAAAACUUUAAGUAAUAACUAAACAGGAAACUAAGAGACGAACUUGGGAAUAUCAAGAUAUCAGAUAUAUUUGUAAUCUAAGAACCUUCAAAAUCAACCAGAGACUUCCUGCUCAAUGUUUUUAAAGUACUGUCUGCAGAGACUGUAAACUCACGUGCAACGUUAAAUACUGGAAAUUUCUCUCGAGCAAGUUUGAAUGGCAACUUUUAUGAAAGACAGAAACUUAGUCUGACUAAACAGUUUUACACAUAAUUCUGGUUUAGCGCGAAUGGUUCACAGGAUAAAAGCUGAUAAAAGCUUAUGCUUAAAGAGCAAUUCUUCCAAAAAAGGCGAAGCCAAGUCUAAGCUGGUGUCAAGAAUACAACAGUGCCUUGCAUGACUGAUCAUCAUCAAGGAUUCCCCUUUGCCAUAAAGAGACUCUCGGUGAACCUCUGAUAACAAUUGAUCUAUGGAAAAUGUCCACCUACCCCUUCCCUAAGCCAACAUUUUGGCUUAAGUGAGAAGUAAGUGUUAAUGUUGGCUUAGGGGACGGGUAGGUGGGCAGUUUCCCAGAAACGUAUAAUGAUCCAAUGUAAUCUUUUAAUCUUUACAGCCACUCGGGAAACCGCUUUCCUUCACGCCAUCAGCAGCGCCGCCAUUACACACGAGAUCACUCUUCAAUGCGCGCGCAAUAGAAUCCCCGGAUGUAGAUGCGGGAAAACAAGAAAACAGCUGCAAGGAGACCGUGAGUGGGAAUGGGGCGGCUGCAGCGAUAACACCAAAUAUGGAGAAAAGGAGACGAGACGCUUCAUCGACAGACUAGAGAAAGGAAACGACGCUCGCACAGCAUUCAACCUGCAUAAUAAUCAAGUGGGAAGAAAGGUAAACUGACUCGACACUAUUUAUCCUUCGAAAAAAAUCGGCAAAUGUGUGUCGUCACCAAUCUUAAGGGGUAGAAGAUUUAAAAAGUUAAAUGAGUUAUGUUACGAAUUAUGCCAAAAUUCUAACAGAAGGAACUACCUAAAAAGUAGGCCCGGAUGGACAAAGGUUUGAUGAAGUUGUGGGUUUUUGAAAACUUGUUAGCAUAACAAUUUUUUUUCUAAGUUCAUUUUCGUUGUUUAUAUCGUUUGGUAUAAUGCUCGGGAUUUUGUGGCUGAGAUUUUGUCGUCCAUAGGGAAUUUCUUCGUCAUCGUUUAAAAAGAAUCCAUCAAAUCUCGUGGGACAUACCACAGUUUCUUAGACUUCCUUUGUACAACCGCAAAUUGCGCUACUUUUCAAUUUCCAAGUCCUGUAAUUAAACAUGCACGAUGACCUACAUUGACUGACUCGAGCGCAAACUUUACCCAGCAGUACUUUUGUCUUGCCAGUUUUAACUACAAUGGUCUGACAGAGUUAUUGUUAUUUGUUUAAAACAGGUUGUUCGAGGAAGCCUCAAAAAAGAAUGCAAGUGCCAUGGCGUCACUGGCAGUUGUAACUUGAAAACCUGCUGGAAGCAGCUGGCUCCUUUUGCCGUCGUUGGAUCAACGCUCAAGCAGAAGUACCUCACAGCCGUUCCAGUGUCAUUCAAAAACAACAAACUUCACGAGAAAGAAGGCCGGGACAGACCGAUAUCAAGGAAAUCCAAGAAGCUUGUUUACUUAGACUCGUCCCCAGACUACUGCGUACGAAAUACUACUGCUGGCUCUCUUGGAAUGCUGGGAAGAACCUGUACAAGUGACGCUGGACACACUAAGGAAUGCAGAUCUCUUUGUCAAUCUUGUAACUUGCGGGCUCAAACCAAAGAACAUUACAAACAGGUCAAGUGCAGAUGUAAAUUUGUGAGGUGUUGUACUGUGAAAUGCGAGUUAUGCACUGUGAAAUAUUCGCUUACAACUUGUUCAAAAUAG